CCCGUGCAGUUACAUCGCGGCCGGAUGCACACUGGAAAAAUUACGCCGCUGAUUACUCAUUUCGACGGGUUUUAGACGCGGCCCGCGCCACAGUGGAGACAAAGGCGACGGAGGCGUCCCGGCGCCCUGCCCCCGACACUGCCCCCGUAAAAAAUGUCAAUUACUGGAAAUGAUAUAAAGAUCCUACAAAGCAUCGCAGGUCAUCGAAGCGACGUAACAACAUGUGAUUUUACUUCUGAUUAUACCCUAGUCACUGGAUCCAGCGACAAAACUAUCCGAAUAUGGGAUUGGGUGCCAGGAUCGGGGUACGUACAAAGGUCGGAUUCCCCUCUCAAAGCUCACAAGUACCAAGUGACCUGUGUGAGGAUAUCUCCGCAAGGUGCUAUGUUUGCAAGCGCAUCAGUGGACGGUACGGCAAUACUGUGGAAUCUCCAUUCGGCUGUAAGACUUUAUACUAUGGUACAGGUUAACGGAGACGCCAUCAGAGUCUGCAGAUUUGCACCUGACAGCUCCAUUUUGGUCACAGCGGGAGAUAAUGGAGCCGUGUGCAUCUGGGAUUUGGUUCACAGAAGCUUGAUAAGGACAAUCUUCGAGCACGAGGGCACCACCACGUCCCUUGCUUUCACCUCAGAUUCUCAAUACCUCAUAAGCGCCUGUUCCUUGGAGGUCCUAAGAGUUUGGUACGUUCAAGAUCUCGUCGACACGACCGCAGACGCCGCUUGCAACCCUGUUGCUAAAUGCGAAAAUGCUCACGACUUAGGCAUAUCAUGCGUCGACGUCAACAAAACAAUCUCAGUAGAUGAAAGCGACCCUCUGAUCAAAUAUUAUACCAUGGCCACUAGCGGCAACAGCAACGAAAUCAAAAUUUGGACAAUAACUUCGAAAUCGACCCCGAAACAUAAAAGCGGCGUCAAUGAGGUGUCGGUGGAUUACUGUGAUACGUACGACGGUCAUAACUCUUCGGUUACCUGCAUUCGGUACAACACCAGCGGAACGUUUCUAGUGUCUUGUAGUUUAGACAAGUUGGUCAAAAUUUGGGAUAGGGAAGGUAACUGUUUAGCUUCGCUCGAAGGACACUCAAGGUACGUCAACUGCGUGGCGAUCUCCAAAGACUCCCUGUUGGCAGCUUCAGGUUCCACAGGUUCAAACGAUAAACUUAUUCUGGUGUGGGAUUUAAGCGGAAAUUUGACCACAGACUCGGAAUUGGUCAAACCGCUGCAUCUAUCACAGAACUAUAUUGGAGGUAUUCCGGAGUUGCAGUUGAUGACUAAUGCGGAAAGUAAUGAUAAUGAAGUCAAGUUGUUGGAAAAAAUUGACGAUAUUUCUGACGGGGCUAUUAAUUGUUGUUCGUUUAAUAAUAAUGGAGUGCUUGCAACGGCGUCGGGAGAUAAAUUGGUAAGACUAUUUAAGGUAGUGGAAGAAAAUAACAAUGUAGAGGAAGUUUGUUGGUCGCCUUUAGAAGGGCACACUUAUCCUGUGAAUUAUGUAGAGUUUUCUAGAGAUGGUACGAAGUUGGCGUCGUGUUCUUUGGAUGGGUGCACCAAUAUAUGGAACGCUGAGAAUGGCGAAAAACUCGUGACUUUGCCCGAAAACAGCUUAGGCAUCAAAGUAUGUCGUUUUUCUCCGAACGGCGAACUUUUGAUUACUGCGGGCGACGACGAGAAGGCUACAAUUUGGCACUCGAGCAACUUCGAGGAGAUUACGACUCUGGAGGGCCACCUAGACGCUGUCACCUCGACCAGCUUCACUCCGGACGGUCAAAUAAUCGCCACGACGUCAAUGAAUGCAGAUUUCCGUCUAUGGAAAGCGGAUACAUAUGAAACCAUCAGCGUCAAAGAAGACGCUCACGAUUACGGCAUCCAAAGCUGCGACUUUUCGCAGAAUUUAGAUCCCGUCCCUAAUAACAUCAUCGACGUGCAGUCGUAUCUCCUCGGAACUUGCGGAAACGACGGUUUCGUCAAAUUGUGGAGCAUAUCGGUGCCGAAAAAAAAGAACGACGAAUUGGAUUUUGACGACGUGGAAGUCAAGGUCUGGCGCUCCUUGCAAGGCCAUGGGGGAAACGUCAUUUGUGUGAGAUUUUCUCCAAAUGUAAGCGAAAUUAUAUGUUCGACUGCUACCGAUCGGCAAGCAAGGAUUUGGUCGGUUUAUAGUGCUGAAUGUCUUUAUGUGCUCGAUCACGAUUCGAUCGUCACAGCUUGCGCCUUCAGCUCCGACUGUUCUUUAUUAGCUACGGGGUGCAUUGAUAAAACUUUAUGGUUAUGGAAGUUGCCGCAGCAAUUGGUGUUCAGGACUAUCGUGGCCAAUAAAAUUAAAUGUCGGACCAAGGCGCUCAUCGAUUGGACUACGACCGAUGUGGUUAAGUGGCUGAAAAAUAUGGGGCUUGAGGAUGUUAUUGUGAAUGUUCAAAACGCAUCGCUGGAUGGGCAGAAGUUGUUGACUUUGAGCGAGGAGCAAAUUUGUUGUGGGCUAGAUUUGAGUGAUGACCAAUCGGAGCGCCUUAGCAAGGAAAUACGAUGGCUGAAGCAGGACGAGCUGCAGAUCCAUCGAACCGGAAGCUCUGAAAUUCCUCAUGAAUUUCUAUGUCCUAUUACACACGAAAUCAUGAGGGAGCCUGUAACCUGCAGUGAUGGUUUCACUUAUGAAAAGAACGCAAUCUGCGAAUGGUUCAUGUCAGGAAAAUACACCAGUCCUUUGACUAAUGAAAUAUUGGUGAACACCGGAUACACUUACAAUCAAGAGUUAAGAAAUGCUAUACAUUCCUUCUUAGAUAAUGAGGAUCAAACACCAUAAUUUUGACAUAUCACCAACAGUUGUUAAAAUUUAAUUAUUAUUGUUGUAGUGCCUUAGGGAGAUUUCUAUUGUCUACAGUGCCAUACUCAUUUCUCUUCAGGUUCAGGUUACGAAGCAUGAAAAUCCAGAUCAUACUGUUUUCAUGAAGACUGGUUUUUAAAUGUAGUUAGUGCCUUUUUGGACUUUUCUCACUUUAUUACAAAAUUACAGAACUCAUGAAAGGCAACACUGUGAUAUAUUGUCAAAGAAAUAAUGUUAUAAGGCGAUAGCACUAUAACAGAUUUUCAUGUGGCACCAAUUUUAAAACUUAAGUGUUCAUUCUUAGCACUUCAUGUUAUUCUCUUUGAUAAGUCAUUAUAUUGUGUGUACAAAAUAAAUUAUGAAUUUACGUUGUAUAA